AUGGCCAAAGAGAUCCUGCCAAGAGAAUGGUUCUGCUGCUGUUCCUUCAGCUUAGCCAAAAUGGCUCUGCUGCUGUUCCUUCAGCUUAGCCAAAAUGAAGAACAAAAUAAACAAAUCCCAGCGCAUCAGCAAUCCCUGAAAAGUACUGAUUGCUGCGAAGAUGCUGGUCAGGUUGAAAGCAAAUGUGUGGCCCUCUACUGCCCUUUAAUUCAAGGAGGAUUGGAGAUGAGAGAAUGGGAUGGAGAUUGUCUCAAUGCUACAAAUCUACCUUCAGGAUGUCAAAGGGAUGAAUUCAAGGCCAAUGUUUGUGGUUUCCUACCUAACUGCUCCAUCUCUACAUGCGCAAAGCUGAAUCCUACAAAGGGCCUGAUUUCACCGGAGGAACUCAACUGCUCUGUAACUCUUAACUGGCAAGAUGCAGUCAACUGCUGUGGUGAAACCUCCAGAGAUCACUCUGUAAUGACCUCUAAAAGCAGCUGGACAAAUGCAUGCCCUGUCAUGACGAAGCUCUCCCCUGGGCAGGAGUAUAAUGUGACAGUGUAUAGAAUCCUGAAUGGAAGUUGUAGUCAAGAAGCAUCCAUCAACCUAACGACUAGGCCUUCGUCAGUCCAGAACCUCACAAUAGAAAACCGCACAGUGGAUUCCUUGUUGAUUGGAUGGAAGCCACCCAGAGACCCUCAAAACCACACCUACACUUAUUGUGUCUGCUUGAUCGACUGCACCAUUAUCAAUGAAAGCCUGUUUCUUAAGGAAGGAUUGAAAGGAGGAACAAUGUACACAAUUGAAGUCAGAGCCAUUAUCAAGAGCAAUGUUUAUGGCAACACAAACACCAUACAUGCCAUCACAGCUCCCAACAGCCCUGAGAAUGUCACUGUGGAAAGUUACAGCCCUCGUCAACUUUCCAUGGCCUGGAACCCUCCCAAAGACCCAAAUGCGACGGACUAUUUAUACAGAAUCAGUUGGUGGCGAGAAGACGGGACGCCAGUGGGCAGCUGCUUCAUUCCGGAUUCCCAUUUCACCCUUUGCAGUUUGGAGCCAGGAGUUCUGUACCUGGUGAAGGUGAUCUCAGAUUUCAAUGGGAUUUUGAGCACAGCCGCAGAGCAGUGGACUCUAACGCCCCCGCUGCCCCCAUCCAAUUUCCGCAUGCAGAUGAUCAAUCAAACCGCAGCUCAUUUUGCCUGGGUGAAGCCGAACUCGCCAUUCAGUGCCAUCCGACUCCAGUGGAACGCUUCAGGAGUCAGAGGAAACGAAACAUACCCCAAGUCUUUGGACCAAGCUGUCCUGCACAAUCUCACUCCCAGCACCAAUUACACCUUCACUAUCUUCAGCACAGCUGGAAAUGCUUCCCUGUCCAGAGACAGCAUUGGCCUUCAGCAGCAUGGAGCCACAAAGCCAGAAAAAGUAAGCAAUUUGAUAUGCGUCCCUUUGCAAGAUAGUUGGAGUCUGAAAUUAUCCUGGACAUGUCCAACCAGCGCUGUUAGUAAACUUGUGGUCCUCGUGUCAGAUCAAGCCUGGAAAAAUGAGCCAAAUUGCAGUGAAUCGGUGGUGAUUAAAAGACUUCAGCCUGUCAAAGUCUACCAAAUUAAAAUAAAAACGUUUUGGUACAACCAAUAUGCAAUCUCAGACCCUGUGGAGUGCUCCAUCAAUACUGCAGUGGCUCUCCUUGGAUCCCUUUCUGCGGUGCUGUUUCUGUUGGUCAUCCUUUGCUUCCUGUUCUUUUAUUUCAGGAGACCAAGAAGGACAGAUGUCUCUGAGGAGCAGAAUACAGACGUGAGUUUACCUAGAGUCCUCGGGGCAGUACCUGUGUCGGCUUUCCCACGUCAUUGCUACGAGAAGCUGUCAGAUAGCGCUUUUGGCUUUGCCGUUGAAUACCAGCAACUGCAGGACACAGGAACAGAUCAGCUCCAGAGUGUAGCCCAGCAGCAAGAAAAUCAAGCUAAGAAUCGCUAUAGCAACGUUCUGCCAUAUGACCAUGCACGAGUCCAGCUCACCCUCAGGCGAGAAGAUCCCUAUUCAGACUACAUCAACGCCAGCUACAUGCCUGGCCACAAGAAGGAAAAGGAGUUCAUCGCAGCCCAGGGUCCGUUGCCUGCCACACUCCAUGACUUUUGGCGCAUGAUAUGGGAGCAGCGCAUCUCAACCAUAGUCAUGCUCACAAAUUGUGUUGAGAACGGACGGGUGAAAUGUGAACACUACUGGCCCUUGGAUUACACACCCUGCACCUAUGAUGAUAUUACUGUAUCUGUUAUCACAGAAACCAUCCUCUCUGAUUGGACCAUCCGUGACUUUUGUAUCAAGCGGAUGAUCAUGUCUGAAGUCCGUCAUGCUAGGCAUUAUCACUACACAUCAUGGCCUGAUCAUGGAGUGCCCCAGACCACAGACACCAUUAUUCAUUUCCGAAAUCUUGUCAGGGAGGACUUAGACAAAAUGAAGGAUAAUGGGCCAGUUCUGGUUCACUGCAGUGCUGGGGUGGGCCGGACAGGCACAUUUAUUUCUCUAGAUUCACUACUGUGCCAAGCCCAGGACCAAGGAGAGAUCGGUGUCUUUUCAUUUGUUGAGAAACUGAGAAGGAACCGUCCACUCAUGAUCCAGAAUGAGGAUCAGUAUGUCUUCUUGCACCAGUGUCUCCUGGAUGGGAUCCAGUCUGCUCCAAAGAACGACAGGGUGGUCCUGGAGCAUCCUGCUGUCUAUGAAAACAUCUUGGCUAUGCAGGACUAUGAGAUCUCUCGUGUGUGAAAGGCUUGGCUACCUUCUAUAGGUUGCAAAAAAAUAAUAUUGUUUGAGGCAUCCCCCCCCCUCCGUAUUUAACUUCCAUGUUUUAAAUGGAGUAAAUUUUCCAAAGCAAACAUCCCAGACUCUAUAUUUAGUCUUUUUCUCUGAAAUAAUUAACUAUCAAAAUAAGAAGAUUCCCAGUGAUUCAGAGCCUCCCUUUUAGCCUCAAGUAAUGGUUUCGUCGAUUAAUUAAGUAAACAUGACCAGCUGUAAAAAAAUUGUUGGCAUACAAGAUGACUAAGACAAAGCCACGAUAAAAACUGAAUCAAACACAUUAAGUAACCUUUGAAAAAAUGGAAAACUGAAAUGUGAGUGUCUGACUUUACCAGAUUGCGCAAAAGAAACAUUUUUUCCUGUUGACAAUGAACCUAUGUUCUUGAUGUACACAACGGUUUGUCUACUCCUUUGCCCCCCCCCCAAAAAAAAUCCAUCCUCUUCUCUCACACCACUGUAGUGGGAAUUGAGAGGACAGGAUGAAGGAGGGUAGCAAUUGUGGCACAACAGCAGUUUUUUGUCCAAUUAUAUUGUGUGGAAAGUAUAAUGGACCCUAAAAGAAAUUAAGACUGAAGCACAGCCUGGCUGAAUUAUUUGGUUGCCUUAGCAACCUGUGUGUCAGCUCCACAAUGUUGCCAUGGAGCUGUCAUA